AAAAAACAAUCUUGAAAUGGUGCCGGAAUAGUCAGCAUUGUAGUUUAUUAAAGUAUUAGAUAAAUUAAUGUGUUGUUGUUUGUGCCUGUCUCAAAGGUACUAAGUGCUAAAGAUAAUUUUAACCUCAUACCUUUUCAAUAAUGCAGACGAGGAGUCCGAUAAAGCCUAAGGAAGAUAAGAUAUUGGUACCCAACUUGGAUAUUGAAAACUCUUAUCCUCAUGAAAUAGUAGCUGGAGUGGAUGAAGCAGGAAGAGGUCCACUUGCUGGACCAGUUAUUGCUGCAGCAGUAGUUAUAAACCAGUCAACAAUUAUACCUGGAAUUAAGGAUUCAAAACUCAUGACAAAACUACAGCGAGAAAGAUGCUACACUGCUAUAAUGGAACAUUAUCAGUGUGGUGUUGGAGAAGCUUCCGUUGAAGAAAUUGAUGAACAUAACAUUUUAGAAGCUACUAAACUUGCUUGUAUAAGAGCUGUUAACAAUUUAUCUAUUACGCCCACCAAAGUCAUUGUAGAUGGUAAUAUGAAAUUCUCUGAUGCAAGAUUUAUAAGUGUAGUUCGUGGUGACCAAAGUUGUUAUUCCGUGGCAGUUGCCUCUGUUGUUGCUAAAGUUACAAGAGAUAGGAUAAUGCACAAAUUGCAUGAUGUUCAUCCAGUUUAUGGCUGGGUAUUUAACAGUGGCUAUGGAACCAAAAUGCAUGUUGAAGCUAUUAAAGAUAAUGGUUACACUAUUCAUCAUCGCCUAAGCUUUAAGGUUAAAGGUUGGCAAAAUGAAAGUCUUGAAUCUUUAAAUAAGAAAAUCAUUAAAGUUAUUCCAGGCAGGUCACAAUCUAUUCUAUGUCCUAAAAUAAGUAAGAGGCCUAAAAGGAUGAAGGAUGUGAGUAAAUAAAUUUAACUUUGUUUUAAAAUUUGUAUCAUUAUACAUGAAAGUUGUUUUUCUUUUGUUGAGAACUAAGCUCUCAGCAAAUGUUACAUUUUUUUUUGUACUUUGUUAUUUUUAUCACCUGUUAUACUUAUUGUAUAAGUGCAACAUGAUGCUUUAUUUCAUAAGUAAAAUGCAAUUCCAUUUAAUAAAAUUGAA